GAGAACGCUGUCUGGAACACAGCUGUCAUGCAGCGUUUGCUGAGAGCGGCGGUCGACUGAGUCGACUUCUCAACUGGCGGGAGAUUCUAUUUGCAAACACUACUGUCCAGGACGAGUAAUACGUCUUGCUAAAGCAAAUAUACGACUGACUACAAACGGGCAUGAGGGCUGUCGUUGAGCGCCUGGUUUCCCUGUCCGGGGGAGAGGACCGCAAAGAGCUGCAGAAUUAUGUCUCCUCUUUGCCAGAGGACGAGUUGACAGCGCUCAUCACGCACAGCGCCAUAAAGGGGAAGGACGUCGGGGCUGUGAUCAAAGCCAUACUUAAAGGAUCUCCGCCUGCAAGGCCAGAGGGCGUAGCCUGCAGAGUGCUCCUGUACAAACACUGUAUCCCGCUCUGUGAAUCUGGAGACCUGCAGCCAGAGGUGGCCUCUGACAUAAUCGGCCUGCUUAUGAUGGAGACUCAUGCGCUACCUGGGCCUGCUCUGGCACAGCUGGCCUCUGUGUUUGUGGACGCCAUCAAAGCGGGGUCCAUGGGCAGCGGGAAGUCUCUGGAACUGUUUCCCACCAUUCUCACCGCUCUGUCUGCGACAGAGACGCUGGCUUACGGCAAAGGAGAACUCAGUGGGGAUGAAUACAGGAAACAGUUAAUCAACAGUCUGUGCUCCUGCAGGUGGGACCCUCAGUGCGUGACCCAUCUCACCUCUAUGUUCAGGGACGUACCUCUGUCUAAGGAGGAGCUGCAGUUUGUGGUGGAAAAAGUUCUACGGAUGUGCAGCAAACUGGACCUGCAGGAAAUCCCCCCGCUGGCCUAUCAGCUGCUUCUCCUGACAGCCAAGGGUUGUAAGAAGCUGGUUCUGGAUGGUCUAGUGAAUUUAUUUAAUGAACAGGACCAGCGUGUGUCUGAAGAAGCAAAGCACAGCGAUGGAUUGGAUGUGGAGGUGCAGUCCGUGCCUCAGGACCAGCUGCGGCAUGUGGAGGGAACCACCAUCUUGCACGUGGCGUUUGCUGUGCGACUGGACCACGGACUGGGCAUGGAGCUGCUCAAGAGCGUCAAGGCGGGGCAGGGUGAGUUGGGAGGUGGCUUGUGUCCCUUUAGUAUCGCCCUCCUGUUGUCUGUGGCCCGGAUCCAGCGCUACGAGGAACAGGUGUUUGAGCUCCUGAAGGCUGCAGUGAUGAGGAGUCUGAAGGAUGAGCAGGUGCAGUCCGGCUCCAUGUUUGUGCAGGGCUUAUUUCCACAGAGCCGGGGAGUGACACACAUGAUCCUGGACACAGUCAGGAACAGCGUGUUUGGCUGGGACCACGUCACGCAGGGUCUGGUGCAGCUGGGAUUCAUCCUCAUGGACUCGUUCGGACCCAAGCCGGGGCCUUUCGGCAAGCCUGCGGAGAGCCAGACAGGCGUGGCCAAGACCCCCGCCCAACAGGCCUGUCAGCUGGGACGACUCAUUCUCCUGGAGAGCUUCAAGUUGCACGAGCCAAUCAGAAGUGAGAUUUUGGAGCAGGUCCUGACCAGACUGGUCACAAAGAUGGCCUCCCCAGUGUUCCAUUUCAUAGAGCUGUUCUCAGACAUCGCUGUGUCAGCUCCCAUGAUCCUCCUGGAGUCAUCCUCCAAGGUGAUGGAGACCUUUGACCACCUGCCGUACCUGCCCCUCGGCACGGUGGAGGGUCUACUCCAGGCAGUGCAGCCCUUACUGAGAGUCAGCGUGUCCCUGAGAGACGCCCUGAUCCUGGUGCUGAGAAAGGCUGUGUUCUCCAGUCAGCUGGAUGGACGCAAGGCUGCUGUGGCUGGAUUCCUGCUGCUGCUCAAGAACUUCAAGGUCCUGGGGAGUGUGGCCUGCAGCCAAGCCAGUCAGACUGUGUCAGCCAGUCAGGUUCAGGUGGAUGUUCAUUCGCGUUAUAACUCCGCUGCCAACGAGUCUCUGUGCCUGGAGAUCCUGGGCAGCCUGCGGCGCAGUUUGGGACAGCAAGCUGACGUGAGAGGCCUGCUGUACCAGGGUUUCAACAAUGUCCUUCAUCGCAACUCGCAGCUGGCCAGCUCCAUUCUGCAGACUCUGCUCUCACAGCUGAAACGGUACUAUGAACCAGAGCAGGACCUGUUGCCUCCGGUGAAGCUGGAGAGGUGCAUCAGCGCUCAGGGAGAGAGCGUCUUCCUGCAGGAGCCCCUGGCCCAGCUGCUGAGCUGUGCAGUGCACUGCCUGCUGUGGUACCAGGACCUGCAGCAGCGCACACAGCGUGGCACUGACGGAGACGAGGAGGAGGAGGAGGGCGGGGUCCAGGCAGAGCUGCAGGACGUUCUGGAGAGCAUCACCAGGCGCAUGAUGAAGAGCGAGCUGGAAGACUUUGAGCUGGACAAAUCUGCAGACUUCUCCUCAGCUUCCAGUGUUGGGGUGAAGAACAGCAUCUAUGCUGGGCUGGUGCUGGGGGUGUAUGAGGUUCUGAUCGAGUACAACUUCAUUAAGGCCAACUACAGUAAGAACUGCUUUGAGGAUGUCCUUCAGCUCUACAACCGCUGGCACAAGCUGUCUGACAUCCUGAAGGAGAAGUCCAGCAAGAGCAAGUCUCCCUGCAGCCAGACAGGCAGCCUGCUCUCCCUGAGCUGUGUGUCUAUGCUGCUCACCGCCCUCUUCAGAGACAGCACUCAGAGCCGAGAGGAGAGUCUGUCUGUGCUGCGCUCCAGUGCCGAGUUCCAGCGCUAUGCCGUCAGCGUGGCCGUGCACAAAGUCCAGCAGCUGCAGGACACGGGAAGCAAGGACAGCCUGGAGAGAGAGAGCACAGACCGCACCUUCCGCCACCUCUGUGACAUCACCAGUGCUCUGAUGUGGAGGUACAGCAGGAUCCCCGCUGCCCUGGAGCAGGGAGGUCAGGGGGGCUGUCGGAGCACCUCUCUGCUGUGUUUGGAUGGGCUGCUGAAGGUGUUCAGCUUUGUGUUGCAGCGACACCCGGCCCGCAUCAAGCACUUCCUGUGUGCUGUCGAUGUCUCUGAGGAAGAGGAGCAAAAUGUGGAAGGCUCCAGUGUGAUGAAGAACAUCGCUUUCUACAUCCGCCAGUUUCAGAGGGCUCUGGUGACCCAGAUCAGUGGAGCUGAGGACGAGUUCAACAGCAAGGAGGCCCAGCUACUGCUAAGCAUCCUGGGAGUGCUCUCUGGCCAGCUAGAGCCCUCCGCAGCACAGUUUGUUCAGAUGAUCACCUGGACUGUUAAAAUCAGCAAGGAGACUGGUAUUGAGGACGUGGCUUUCUGUAAGGCCCUGCUGUCUCUGCUGUUCAGACAGCACGCUCUGUAUAAGAGCCCCGUGACUGUGCUAUGGGAGCUCUGUCAGGACAUCCACGGAGAGCUGGGGGACAUCGACCAGGAUGUGGAAGUGGAGAAACAGUCUCACUUCGCUAUCGUCAGCAUGAAGACCGCCCCACCCACUGCGAUCCUGGUUCUGACGCAGGUGGGUCGGAUCCUGGAUGAGGUGGACUGGCUGAUCGCCAAGAGGAAGUGGCAGCUGGGGACGGAGCAAGGGAACCCAGAUGGGGGCACACAGGUGGGGAUGCAGCAGGACCCCGUGGAGAAAGCGGUGACUUUGCAGAUGGGGACACUGCUGACCGCACUCAACGAGCUGGUUCAGACCGCCCUGCCUCCCGGGCCCUGCACGGUCACCCUACUGAGAACACUGGGCCAUACCUACACCAUCCUCACCACUCUCAUGAAAUACUGCAUCCAGCGCUGCUCCACCCAGGCCACAGGGCUUCCUUCCCGCAUCGAGAAACUGGUGAAGCUGUCUGGAUCCCACCUCACACCACAGUGCUACUCCUUCAUCACCUACGUACAGAGCGGGGACCCGACCGCAGGCGGUGAGAAGAAAAAGAAGAAAGAAGAAGGAGUGGCUGCUGCUUCGGCUAAAGUUCUCCGUGAGUCCAGGACGAUUCCAAGUUUGAUCUUCAGUAUUGAACAGUAUGAGAAAUUUCUCAUCCUCCUCUCAAAGAAGUCUAAGGUUAACCUCAUGCAGUACAUGAAGCUCAGCACUUCCAGAGACUUCCGCAUCAACGGCACAGCACUGGAGGCGGUGCUACAGGAACAGACUGCAGUCACUCAGGAGUCAGAGGAGAGCCAGAGGCAGGAGAGCCAGAGGCCUCAAAAAAAGAGACGGAAGCAGUGACUCCACCCCAGCUCAGCAAACUCUGAUUGGCUGCUCCAGCAGUCUGCUUCUCACUAUGGACUCUCUGGUUGGCUCCUUUGUAACUCAGCCUUGCUCUGAUUGGAUGCGGUUUUUGGAAAUGACUUCGUUUUUUUGUGUUCCUUUGGCCAGAGAGCCCUGUGUGAUCUUGAUGAUCUGAUAAAUGUCCAGAGCCUCACCUGGAAAAGAGUCACAUUUCACAUAAUGAUGCAACAUUUAUACCCAAAAGUGAAUGAACUUGAAGGAAAAUUGUAUUAGCAUUGUCUGUUUUGUUAUGAUUUACACACUAAAAUAUUAAAGAUUGCUGUUCUAUGCA